GAAGCACUUUACCAUUGCGCUGCACAGAAAGAGGCGACCAUUCCCUAAUUUCCCACCCAGACAGUAGACACCGCAGCAUCCAGAGGGGGAUAUUUAGAAUCUUUGUUCAAAGGUGGAAUCACUCAUCGACCAAUUAUGUCUUAUCAAGGCAAAAAGAAUAUUCCAAAGAUCACAAGCGACAGGCUGCUGGUCAAAGGCGGGCGGAUCGUCAACGAUGACCAGUCCUUUUUUGCCGACAUCUACAUGGAGGAUGGCCUCAUUAAGCAGAUCGGAGACAACCUGAUCGUCCCUGGAGGGGUGAAGAUCGUCGAGGCCAACGGGAAGAUGGUGAUCCCUGGAGGGAUAGACAUCCACACCCACUUCCAGAUGCCCUACCGUGGGACCACCACUGUGGACGACUUCUACCAGGGCUCCAAGGCUGCCCUGGCCGGGGGCACCACCAUGAUCGUGGACCAUGUGAUCCCGGAGCCGGGCUGUAGCCUGAUGGAGGCGUUUGACCAGUGGAGGCAGUGGGCCGACGAAAAGGUCUGCUGUGACUACUCCCUCCACGUGGACAUCACCCACUGGAGCGACAGCGUCAAGCAGGAGGUGGACACCCUGCUCAAGGAGAAAGGUGUGAACUCCUUCCAGGUCUACAUGGCUUACAAGGACUUCUACCAGAUGAGCAACAGUGAGCUGUAUGAGAUCUUCACCUUCCUGGGGGAGAUGGGCGGUAUCGUCCAGGUCCACGCAGAGAACGGAGAGAUCAUUGCUGAGGAGCAGGCUCGCAUGCUGCAGAUGGGCAUCACUGGACCAGAGGGCCAUGUUCUCAGCAGGCCAGAGGAGCUCGAGGCCGAAGCCGUGUUUCGUGCCAUCACCAUCGCCAGCCAGACCAACUGUCCCCUGUACGUAACCAGGGUGAUGAGCAAAAGUGCUGCUGACAUCAUCUCCCAGGCCAGGAAAAAAGGUAACGUUGUGUUCGGGGAGCCAAUCACAGCCAGCCUUGGGACUGACGGGACACACUAUUGGAGCAAGAACUGGGCCAAGGCCGCCUCCUUUGUGACGUCCCCUCCUCUGAGCCCGGACCCGACCACCCCAGACUACCUGAACACUCUGCUGGCCAGUGGUGACCUGAACGUGACAGGCAGUGCCCACUGCACCUUCAGCGUGGCCCAGAAGGCUAUUGGCAAGGAUGACUUCACCCAGAUCCCAGAGGGGGUGAAUGGCGUGGAGGAGCGCAUGUCCCUCAUCUGGGACAAGGCUGUGACCUCCGGCAAGAUGGACGAGAACAUGUUUGUGGCUGUGACCAGCACCAACGCCGCCAAGAUCCUCAACCUGUACCCCCGGAAGGGCCGGAUAGCCGUGGGCUCCGACAGUGACCUGGUCAUCUGGGACACCGAUGCCGUCAGGACCAUCACGGCCAAGACGCACAACUCGGCUGCUGAGUACAACGUGUUUGAGGGAAUGGAGCUGCGCGGCGCCCCCCUGGUGGUCAUCUGCCAGGGGAAGAUCGUCCUGGAGGACGGGACCCUCCACGCCACCUCCGGGGUGGGCCAGCGCCUCGCGGCUGAGCGGAGCAGCAUGGAGGGGAGCUGA